GCGCGGGCGCGCGCGCGCGCUCCCGCCGGCCUCCCUGCCCCGUCGCGCACACAUCCCUUACAGCGCACACCGCCCCCCCCUCUCCCUCCCCCGCCGCCCGCCCCGCGCGCCGCCCGCCCCGCGGCCCCGCUCGGCCUCGCGCGCUCGGGAGGGAGUCGCGAGACGUCGGAGCGGCGGCCACGUAGCGCUGCGGCGGCGGCGGCGGCGGCGGCGGCGGCGGCGGCCGAGGCCGGGUCUGAGGAGCGGCCCAGAGAGCGCAGACGUUGGGCAGGGGGAGGGGCCGGCCCGGCGGGCGGUGGGGACUGGAGCGACGCGGCGCGGCGACAGGCCCCCGCCGCAGGGAUGGGCCGCCGAGGCGGCGGAGGCGGCGGAGGCGGCGGCGGCGGCGGCGGCCCGGAUUCAGAACGUGGAAGCUGGGAAACACUUGUGCAGCAUAGCAGUGAGACAUUGCCGGAGGAGUGAUUGCAGCAGCUCACCCUCGUCAGGACCAACAGCUCGGUUUCCUCAACACUCCUCUUCAGACAGCCUUCCCUUAGGAGGUUUCAGACCAGCAGCUCCUCUCUGCAGCUGUUGCCUCAGGGUCUGCUUCCAGACACCCCGAGCAGUUUCCAUUUGUGCUCUACGUUUGGGGAGUAAGCUUGUAGUAAGAUAAGACGUUCCAAGUCCCUUGUAGCUGUCUUGGGAGGAGAGUCAGGCGUGCUCUCUGCUCUUGCCAUAAGAUCAGCCAGGUUUGACCUAGACGCUGGUGCUGUGGCUGAAGGAACUGCACACAGGCUCCAGGGGUUUCUUGUUUCCACCUGAGUGGUUGGUUCUCUGUGGAUGGAGAAAGAUUGGAGGCUUGGUUGCCCUGUUUUCAAGGUGUUCUCUGUAGUGUGAACUGCUUCAUAAACUGGGCCACUUCCCAAUGAGCUACACAGCCAGUCCUUGUGAGGAGCUGGCUGCGGACUGCGCAGCACAUGCAGCAGGGAUGGCACAGGAGGAGAGCCGUCGGGGUCAGGCGCCACCCACCUUCUACCAUGGUGCCAGCCAGGAGCUCGACCUGUCCACCAAAGUGUACAAAAGAGAGUCUGGAAGCCCUUACUCUGUGCUAGUAGACACCAAGAUGAGCAAACCGCAUCUCCACGAGACGGAGGAACAGCCAUUUUUCAGGGAGACAAGGGCAGUGUCUGAUGUGCACACUGUCAAGGAAGACCGGGAGAAUUCUGACGACACGGAAGAGGAGGAGGAGGUCUCUUACAAAAGGGAGCAGAUCAUAGUGGAGGUAAACCUUAAUAAUCAAACAUUAAAUGUAUCUAAAGGGGAAAAGGGUGUCUCUUCUCAGUCCAAAGAGACUCCUGUUCUUAAGACAAGCAGCGAGGAAGGAGAGGAAGAGAGCGAGGAGGAGGCCACAGAUGACAGCAAUGACUACGGAGAGAACGGGCGGCAGAAGAAAAAGGAGAAGCGAGUGGAGAAAGUCAGGGUUACACAAAGGCGCACCCGGAGAACUGCCUCUGUUGCCGCAGCGACCACUUCCCCUACACCUCGCACAACCCGAGGCCGGAGGAAGAGUGCAGAGCUACCCAAGCGGAAGAAGCGGGCCGCCAAGGAGCCCAAAGCACCAGUCCAGAAAGCUAAGUGUGAAGAGAAAGAGACUCUGACCUGUGAGAAGUGCCCCAGGGUGUUUAAUACUCGCUGGUACCUGGAGAAGCACAUGAACGUUACUCACAGGCGCAUGCAGAUCUGUGAUAAAUGUGGCAAGAAGUUUGUCCUGGAAAGUGAGCUGUCCCUUCACCAGCAAACAGACUGUGAAAAAAACAUUCAGUGUGUUUCCUGUAACAAAUCCUUCAAGAAGCUCUGGUCCCUUCAUGAACAUAUCAAGAUUGUCCAUGGAUAUGCAGAAAAGAAAUUUGCCUGUGAGAUUUGUGAAAAGAAGUUCUAUACUAUGGCUCACGUGCGGAAACACAUGGUCGCACACACAAAAGACAUGCCAUUUACAUGUGAAACCUGUGGAAAAUCUUUCAAGCGCAGUAUGUCACUCAAGGUGCAUUCCCUGCAGCAUUCUGGAGAGAAACCCUUCAGAUGUGAGAACUGUGAUGAGAGGUUCCAGUACAAGUACCAGCUCCGCUCCCACAUGAGCAUCCACAUUGGGCACAAGCAGUUCAUGUGCCAGUGGUGUGGCAAGGACUUCAACAUGAAGCAGUACUUCGAUGAGCACAUGAAGACACACACUGGAGAGAAACCUUUUAUCUGUGAAAUCUGUGGCAAAAGCUUCACCAGUCGACCCAACAUGAAGAGGCAUCGCAGAACUCACACAGGCGAGAAGCCUUACCCCUGUGACGUGUGUGGACAGCGGUUCCGCUUCUCCAACAUGCUGAAGGCCCACAAGGAGAAGUGCUUCCGAGUGACCAGUCCAGUGAACGUGCCACCCGCUGUCCAGAUCCCUCUGACCUCGGCGCCGGCUGCUCCACCUCCAGCUGUGGUCAACACUCCCACAAGCCCAGCCCCGGCAGUCAGUAUGAACCCAGUGGGCGGCACGCUUCCCUCAAGGCCCGUCCCGCACCCUUUCUCACACCUGCACAUCCACACGCAUCCACACCAUGCGCACCACCUCCCCAUCCCACCUGUGCCUCACCUGCCCCCACCCCCAGCCCUCUUCAAGAGUGAGCCCCUAAACCACAGGGGCCAGAGCGAGGACACCUUCCUGAGGCACCUAGCAGAGAAGAACAGCGCUGCCCAGGCCCAGCAUCAUUAGCACCCACCUGCCCGAGUGUCAUCCCCGCGGUGAGUUAGCAGAAGGGUGCAGCUGGGCCUCUCUGAGGUCUCCCUGUCUCCACAGCCUCCAGAAUUCAGGGCCUUAACUGUUGUGCUGGCAAACCAUCAGACUGACCCGGGAGAGUGAACAGGAAGACUGCCCUUGCAACCAGGGGAACCACCGGACUAAAGCCCAGUUUGCUUGCAUUUUCUGAUGACUUUUAUAAAUUUCAGAUACUUAGACUGUGGGAUUUUAUAAUUUCAUAUCAGCGGAUGAGGUAUGCUUGCUUUUAUAUCCUGGUCUUCUCCUCAAAGAGGGGAUGGGCCUGGUUUUCUUUAUACUAAUCGGGAAGGCUGUGAGAGUAAUCAGCAUUAACUGUAUCACUGUGUAUUGUAAUGAAUUCUUUUCAGCUUUUGGUGCUGACUGCAGUCGAGCUGGCCACGUUUCACACAAUAUCAAGCAUUAUAGAGAAGAUGGGAAUUUUCUUCUUUGUGUAGCUCUUUUAACAACACACUCUUUAUUUUACUACAGAAAUUAUUUUAGAAUUUUUGUAUAGACUUUAGUAGUCUGUUUCUAAAAUGAAAUGUAUUUCAAUAAGCUGUGUAAUUUUUUCAGUGUAGCUAAACCCAUGUUGUAAAAUAGAUAAAUUUUUUAUAAUCAUCAAAAUGUGAUUCGUAAAGAUACAUAUAAUAACUUCUAUUUCAAAUUUAUUCUUACAUCCGUACAACUCAAAGGUGCUUCUGAGACUGGAUGGAGGUCAGCAGACCAGAUUACUACAAAAACAAGGUUCCUAAGUGCUCAGUAACUUGAAAAUCUCUGCUGGGCAUUCAGUCCGUCAGGCUCCCGGACACACUCCAUGGUGUCCCUUUGAGCGCCUAUUGAUUCAGUGGGUGCUGUGCUGGGGUAGGGUCAUCAAAAGCUUGCCUGAUUUGAAAAUCUGAGGAACGUAGUGAAUACCUUCAGAAGGAAGUGGCAGGAUUCCUUUUGAUCACGUCUGUUUCUCACUUCUCUUAGGAACUGUGCCAUGCUCAGCUGUUAGAGGAAGACAAAUUGGAAUCUCUUAUUUUGAGGUUGCUGUGUUUUCCAAGAGUUGGUAGGAGAAGCUAAAUGGUGAACUGAAAUCACAAAUGUAGUUGCUGAUAGUGACUGAGAAAAGAGGGGAGGGAGACAAAUUGGCUUUUUUUUUUUUUGAGCUGAGGAUC